GCUGGAGAGCCCGAAGGGCUGACCGAGGCGAGGGGCUGUCGGUCGGAAGGGCGGGGUGUGCGCGCCCCUGCGGCCCGCGCACAUCUGGGUCGGCCCAUGCUCUGGCGGGCUGCGAGCUUUAACACCUGGGGCGGGGCGGGGGUUGCGGGGUCCAGUACGCAGUUGGCGCGGCCGAUGCACCCGGCCGGAGGGUGAAGCCGCACGACUGGGCUGGGACAGCACUGGCAUCUCCAGAGCAGGCCGGGGGCGACAAAGGGACCGCCAGGAUGGCAGAAGAAAAUAUCUUCCUGUUCGUGCCUAACCUCAUCGGUUAUGCCCGGAUUGUCUUCGCCAUCAUUUCUUUCUACUUCAUGCCCUGCUGCCCCCUUACGGCCUCCUCCUUCUACCUGCUCAGCGGGCUUCUGGACGCUUUCGAUGGACAUGCUGCCCGAGCCCUUAACCAAGGAACCCAGUUUGGGGCCAUGCUGGACAUGCUUACAGACCGCUGCUCCACCAUGUGUCUGCUGGUCAACCUGGCCCUGCUGUACCCCCGAGCCACCCUGCUCUUCCAGCUCAGCAUGAGUUUGGACAUAGCCAGUCACUGGCUGCACCUGCACAGUUCUGUGGUCCGGGGCAGUGAGAGUCACAAGAUGAUCGACCUGUCUGGGAAUCCAGUGCUUCGGAUCUACUAUACCUCCAGGCCUGUUCUCUUCACUCUGUGUGCUGGAAACGAGCUCUUUUACUGCCUCCUGUACCUGUUCAACUUCUCCGAGGGGCCUUUGGUCGGCUCCGUGGGGCUUUUCCGAAUGGGCCUAUGGAUCACCACCCCCAUCGCCCUGCUCAAGUCCGUUAUCAGCGUCAUCCACCUAAUCACGGCUGCCCGCAACAUGGCUGCCCUGGACGCAGCAGACCGUGCCAAGAAGAAGUGACCCUGGCACCUCUGGUCCCUGAAUGCCCACCGGCCUCAGAGGCUCACUGCCACACAGCUUCCAUCCCCCUAGGAGGUCCCACAGUCUCCUGUCUUCCUCAUGUGUCGUCCCACCUGCCGGGAUGGGGGUCAGCCUCUGUUUGGUGAUGCCAUGUUCUCUGUAAUCCUGAGGACCAGGCCUCGAGGACCUGGGCUUCAAAUCAGGAAGGAUGCUCAGGAGGCCCUGUCCAGGGAAGCGGUGCUUUUGGGCUGUCAGGAGGUCUGUCUCGGGACUGGGCAUUAUCACACCCCGCUGGCUCAGCCCUGGUGUCUGAGAUUUUUGGGACACUCGAGUGAGGGAGAUGGUGAAAGGGCCAGGUUUUCCAAAAGGCAAGGGAGUCAGACCUCUGCCCUUGGCCAGAGGAAGCCUGGGGUGUCAUGCCUGGGAGGGAUGGGGGCAUCUAGAACCUUCCCCAUUGUCAUCUUCUCUAUCCUGCCUACCUUUGCCCUGGAAGCUGCAAUAAUAAGGCCGGGAGCUUUGCUAUUCUGGAUGUGGUUUCCUUUAAGCCAUUGUUGGAUCAGGGCCUGGGUUGAAGGGAGAUUGCUUCCCUCAGAAAAGCUUGUUUCCCCCAGUUACUGGCUGUCCCCUUGCUGUCUUUCCACAGUGACCUCAGAGGGAGGCCCUGCUGCCACCCCAGCUCAUGCGUGUCCUCUGCCCACUUGCUGUCACUGGCUGUCACCAUUUACUUGUAUUCUUGAUAUUUUCUAUUCCCACUAGAAUGUAAGCCCUGUGAGGGCCCAGGCUCUUCUUGUUCCCUUUUCUGUCCCUAGAGUGAGGACUUCAACCUGGCAUAUGGUAGCUGCUUAAUAAAUAUUUGUGAAUAGAUCA